AUGUCGCACUCGCCCAAGCUCACAAAUGUCCCGGCCAUAAAGAACGCCCCGCUCGUCGGCCUCGCAGAGGGCAGCGGCUCCUUCAGCAACAUCCACCUCGGCGCACUCGUCAUCGUCGUCCCAUGGCUCGUCAAGCGCAUCCUUCCCAUCGUCAGCCGCGGCGGCUUCAAGACUUACCUCUUCCUCGUCCUCCUCCUUGGCGUGCCCAUUACCGUUGGCUAUUGGACACUCAUGUCCCGCAUUGGCUCUCGCAAGAACACAAAGGUCACCCUCCCCGGAAAGGACAUCGAAGAGUACAUCACCAUCCAUGACCCCGUCCUCCGCGAAAAGUACCACGGCAAGGAGAAGAUCCCCAUGCAAGUCUUCCACGACGCGUACUUUGACGGCAAGAUCGACAUUAACGGCGACGUCCUCGAGAUUCUCGAGCAGCGUCAUGACUUCACGAAGAUGGUCUUCACCCCGGAGCUCUUCAAAUACGUCUUCACUCGCUUCAUUCCCGAAGUCAUCGUCCACUCCCAGAGCCAGGACGAGGAACAGGUCCGCGACCACUACGACAGAGGCGACGACUUCUACGAAUGGUUCCUCGGCCCUCGCAUGAUCUACACCUCCGGCGUCGUCACCUCCCUCACCGAGCCCCAGACCCUCGAACAGCUCCAGGACAACAAGCUCGCCAUCGUUUGCUCCAAGCUCGACCUCCAGCCCACCGACAACCUCCUCGACAUUGGCUGCGGCUGGGGCACCCUCGCUGCGUAUGCCCACAAGAACUUCGACUGCUCCGUUACCGGCAUCACCCUCGGCAGGAACCAGACCGCGUUCGGGAACGCGCGCAUCGCGAACAACGGCGGUGACCCCUCGCGCGCCAAGAUCGUCUGCUGCGACUACCGCGACAUCCCCGGCGGGCCUGGCACCUACAACAAGAUCGUCAGCUUGGAGAUGGCUGAGCAUGUCGGUGUUCGUCACUAUUCGGCUUUCCUGCGUCAGGUAUACGACCUUCUCGAUGACGACGGUGUUUUUGUCUUCCAAGUCGCCGGUCUGCGUCCAUGCUGGCAAUACGAGGAUCUGAUCUGGGGUCUCUUCAUGAACAAGUACGUCUUCCCCGGCGCCGACGCGAGCGCCUCUCUCGGCUGGGUUGUCAACCAUCUCGAGGCGGCCGGCUUUGAGGUCAAGAACGUCGAUGUGCUCGGCGUGCACUACUCGGCAACCAUCUGGCACUGGUACAACAACUGGAUCUCGAACAAGGACAAGGUCGUUGAGAAGUACGGCGACCGCUGGUACAGGAUCUGGGCCUUCUUCCUUGCCUGGUCGGUCAUCAUCGCUCGUCACGGAGGCUCCUCUGUCUUCCAGUUUACGCUGCACAAGAACCUCAACGCCUACCCGCGUAUCCUCGGCGUCCCCAACCACGCCUCCAUCCACAUCACCCCCACCAAGGACCUCGAACCCGCUCUCUGAGCCCCGCUUCGAGCGCGCCCUCCCCCCGCCCAAUCUCCCUUCUCACGGCACGUAUAUACCCGCUCGGUCGCGUCGUCUACGCGUUGGAGGGGCCUCAGCAGGCGGUGCGGCCGGACGGACUUUUCUGUUUAUUUACUACUCAUGGCAUGAGUUUCUGCUCACGAUGCAAAGUUACCCUACGACUCGAAUAUAUCUCUGCGCGCUCCGUCGAUGCUACUAC